GUCUUCCCUAGCUCUGUACGGGGUAAUGUAGUCACGACUCCACGAGGAGGGUCGCAGUUGCAGCCCUUCGACACUUUGGCAGUUGAAGUCUCUGCCGAUCUGAAUCCUGAAUCAUGAUGGUUGAUUAGCCUUCGAAGUCAUAACCUCGUCAGGCAGACCACCCCACUGGACGAAACUCCCAGAGGUACACUUUCACUUCUCUUUGAUCACAAUACUGCUCUUUGAUACCCAGCGCAUUGAGAAUCCUCCAACUCCUCUGUUCUGAAGAACAAUGGCGAGCGCGCUCCCUCCAGGCGCCGACUUGAACCUCAUUCCAGCCGGCUAUCCACCACCUGGAGUGACACCAAACUUCAUCAAUCCACCGUCUUUGGCACCAGCAACAAUUGGCGUCUUUAGCACUCUCAUAACUCUUGCUAUUCUUGCAAUUGUUGCUCGAAUUACGUUCAAUUUUGGCUCUACACGCCGGCUUGGCUCCGACGACAUAUGCGCCAUCUUUGCACUCGUAUUCUCGAUUGCACAAUCAUCCAUAGUCUUAUCAAUUUCAAGAACAGAGCGUCACCAAUGGGAUAUACCUCUGGCUUGGUAUGAUGCCACCUAUUUCAAGAAAGUCUACGCCCAAAACUUCCUUGCAUGGCCCGCCAUUUUCCUAGCGAAGGUUGCGAUUCUGCUGUUAUAUCGACGCAUUUUCCGGGUCAAGGCAUACAUGAGGAUAUCGAUUUGGAUUGGUAUCGUCUGGGCGCUCCUCACUUACCUGCCCAACCCCUUCGUCAUCAGCUAUUACUGCGCUCCUCACAUUGGGGAGCAAUGGGACCUCACAGUAGGCAUUAGGUGUGGUGAUCCUCUCAAGUGGGAGAUUGCGUCAGCUGCCAUGUCCAUCAUGCUGGAUAUCUUCAUCUUGAUCCUUCCGAUUCCGGUGAUUAUGGGAUUACAUCUCACAAGACGUACACGGGUUGGCGUCCUCUUUGUUUUCCUAACAGCAACCUUUGCUGUUGUUUGCGCGGUUUUGACGCUGGUUUAUCGAGUCCAGAUCUUCUUAGAUCAUACGGGCGAUGCCGCUUGGAAAACGGCACAGUUGUACAUCUGCAAUGGCGCGGAAAAUUACACAGCUAUCAUCGUGGGCUGCGUACCAGGAAUCUCCUCAUUCUUCAAGAUCUACGUUGCCGAAUCAAAAUUAUACACAAGUAUCGCCGACAGUCUACUCUCUCGAAAAAACGGCCGAUCGACCAACUCCUCCAAGAAAAGCGCCGGAUCACUAUCCACCAGCUUCAGAACAAAGGGGCGAUAUGGACCGGCGACCUUCGGAGGGUUACCAUACCAGAAUGACCCUGGGUUCGGGGAUAGCUCUACAUCGCAUCUUCAGGGAUACCAUGAGUUGAAGGGCGGUAAGGUCAUUACCAACGUCUCUCGCAUGGAUGGACACCAUCACCACAAUAGUUUUGGGGAGGAGGGCGGUAUCACGAGAUCGGUUGGCAUUGAGCAGAGCUCUAGUCACAGUACCAUUGCUUCCUAGGCUUGAGGAGGCGAUGGAACGAUGGAAAUAUUAUUGAGGAAACACUUGGCCGGCUUUUUUGUCUCCGCUUUCUCUAAGGUAUGAAAGAGGACGAUACGCCGAUUCUUGAAAUAAGUACCAAAAAGCGGGGUUAGGGAAUUGCAAAGGGAUGUGUUCAAGCAGUAUCUAUGCUAUGGUACUUGUGUAAUUCAAGACACUUUCAGGACUUGCCAAACCUCAUGAUGCGC